AAGAAUUUCAAAGGAAUCCAAAAGAUGUCGCGACUAGUCAUGAAUAUUGAGUAGAGUUGAAGAUGGCGGAGGAAGAUUCUUGUGACGAUGUUUGCGAUAGUUGGGAGGAGAUGAUCGAAAAUGGAAUAUUAGAAAAAAAAUUAGAAGAACUCAAAGUUAAAGUGGAUAACAGUCAUCAAGAAAAUAUAGAAUGGGAUGGUAUGUUACCAAUUCCUCAAGUUAAAUUAGAAGAAACAACUCGAACACAGUAUGUACCUCAGGUUAAAAUAUUGAAAAGACCUAAUGAUACCAAAUCAGGAUCCACAGGAAAUGAAAAGUCUCCAAGCAAGCAUCCAGUUAAAACAUUACAACAAAGAGAAGCUGAAUAUGCUGAAGCAAGAUUGAGGAUUCUUGGAGCAUCUUGUAGCAGGGAUGAAGAGAAAGAAAAGAUAAAUCGACUCACUCUAAUUUCUUCAGAUAACUCUGAAUUAAAUGUCACCAUACGUCAACCCCACGGCCCCGACGGAACAAAAGGAUUCAUCCAAAGAAGGUAGCAUUGGUUGGACCAAUCUAAAGGUUUAAUUGUGAUAAUAUAUAUACACAUAAAUAAUAACUUUAUACAAUGUGGAUAUUCGCCUUGAUUUAGUAAAUUGCAGAUUUUAAAUAGCAAAGCUUCGUGUUCAGUCACAAAUUAAUUUGAUAUUUGUACAGGAUAUUUCUAAUGAAAACAAUAAAAUGAUGUUCAAAAAUAAAGGAAAAAGCCCAAAAGGUCAAAUUCCUGAUUAUCGUUUUGUCAUUUUAAAAUACUAGGAACUGCCUUCUUUGAAAAGAAUAACUUCGAAGCAUACGUGAAAAUCACGAAAAUACUUAGAUAUUUGCCAUAAAAGUAUAUUUUCUUAUUCUGUAUGUUGCACUUUUCAUGAAAUGUGUAUAAAAUGAUGUAUUCUUAGUAAAGUUGCGCGAUCUACUUUGUCUCAUUACAAAUAUUAUUUAUAUAUCAUUAUCAAAAUUGUCAAUACGCGUAAAUUGUGCUGUUGUAUUAUUUAAUUUUUACAAUAUGUUACCUAAACAGUGUGCAGUUUUAAUUGAAAGUAUGAGAAUCAAGAAGCAUUUUUCAUUUUGCAUAUCAGUGGAAGCAAAAUUGUCAUGAAGAUUCAAAUGUGUAAAUAUAGUGUGUGUGUGUGUAUGUGAAUAUAUAUAUAUAUAUAGGGUCUAUAUAUAACAUACACAGCAUUUUAUCAAAUUCACGUAAUAUACAUAAUGAUAAAUGUUAGAGAUAAGUAAGAAUGAGCAAAUAGUCAUGAAAAAAGAAUCCAUCCAUAUUUGAUCUUCCUCAAAUCUUUAUAAUCAUAAUUUGAAUUCGAAUGAUACACAAAUUUCUAUUUGAACGCGAUAUUAAAUCGAAAUACGAACAGUAAUUUCCAUUCUGUGAUCGUGAUUUGUCAUUUUAUAAUUCUACAUUAUAUCACGUUACAGAUAGAGCUCAUUCUUACUUUCGUUGUUUAUUUAUUUUGAAAAGUAUUUUUGUUUCUUUAGACUGAAAUGAAUAAAGAAUAUUUAUUAAUUUAUGUGAAUGAAUA